AUGGUUGAGGGAUUAUCUGACAUUGAACUGUUGGUCAAUAUUGAUGGUCAUCCUCCAUUUAAGUCAACUAGUGGUAAAUUCUGGCCAAUUUUGGGUAGAUUUAAUAACUUGGAUGGCUUUGUGAUAGCCCUGUUUUAUGGCAAAAGCAAACCUAAUUCCGUUGGUGAGUAUCUUGCCGAUUUUCUUAAUGAGCUUGACAAGCUAAAAUGUGGUGGAAUUUGGUAUGAGAAAAAGAAAUUCAAAUUUGGGUUAAAGUGUUUUUGCUGCGAUGCUCUUGCGCGGUGUUUUUUGAAGUGCAUUAUUGGUCAUACUGGGAUGUGGAAUGAGAGAGUUGUGUUCAAUUCAAAUGAUAAUGCAGAAUACCGCAGUGACGAGAAAUUUGCCUUACUCCAAUAUGUAGCCUGUACACAAACCUAUAUCCGGAAAGAUAAAGGUCUGUGA